AUGGCGACCAGCGACGAGCUCGCCCAGAUCGACAUCUCCAAGGAGAACUACCGCCAGCGUGCGCUGCCCACGCUCGUCAUCAACGAGGCCAAGGACAGGCUCGCCACCACCUUCGGCUACGAGAUGAGGGAGCUGCAGAGGACCCACGCGCCAGCCACGCGCUCUGGCCGCCCAUCACAGCCGCAGCUUAACGUGGAGGCCAAGAGCUAUGUUCUGAUCAGCAACUUAGACCCUGAGGUGUACAGCAAGUACGUCGAGGACAAGGGCGCUUCCCAUCUGUCUGGCUUUGCUUUCGCUGUCAUUAGCACUAUUCAUCUUGCUGGUGGCAAAAUGCCUGAAGAGGACCUCUGGCAUCAGUUGAAGCGGGUGGGUUUGAAUGAGAAUGACGAGACUCACCCUGUUCUUGGUAACAAUAAGCAGGUGCUCGAACACCUAGUGCAGCAAAGGUAUCUGCUGAAGGAGAAAGUUGCUGGACCAGAAGGCCAUUUCAUGAUGUAUGAGCUUGCCGAGAGGGCAUUGGAUGAAUCCAUCAGUGGGAAGAUUAAAGAUCAUAUUUCACAGAAGUAG